AAUAGGGCUGCCCCUGCUGCUUCUGGUUCCUCCUCGCUGCCCUGAACGCGCUUGGCUCAAAAGUCCCGGUUGCUUUUGAGGAGCUUCUUUCCCUGUUUCUUUCUUUCCUGAGGGAAUAGCGGCCUCCGCAAAGGGAUAGCUCUGCAGGGCUCCUGCCAGGACACCGUCCGCUUUCGGUUUCAAGAAGCGACCCAAACUCUUCCUCUGCCGCGUUUCUUAUGUCAGCCGCUCUGAAAUAAAAUAAAAAAUAGGCGCUUGAGUUUAGCGCUUUUUUUAGCUGCCCAGUAGGUGAACGCGCCAGCUUCACCCGGGUUAGCCCUUUAAAAAAAGACAUUUUUGAAAGGUCACUCGUGGCUAACUGGCCCUUUAAGGUAUAGGAAGAAAAAGCAGGUUCCGACCUGGAGGUUCACUGGUCUGAAGGGAAGAAAGUGUGGACUGGGCUGUGGAGGAGAACGUGUGAAAAAGCCGAAACAACGGAAAAAGUGAAAGGGGUUGUGAUGAGGAGGUGGGCAUAGUAACCCCUGAGCUCCUCCUAGGUAUCACCUCUGCUCCCCACCCCACCCACCCUGAUCCUCCUGGCAGAAUAUCAUGUCUCAGGAAAGUGAGCAUGGGAAAUGGACAGUGUCUAGUAGCGAUGAUGAGAGUGCAGGGGAACAAACGAAACGCGAGAUGCCGUCCACCUCUUUGCUGCAGCAAACUGGGCAAGAGAAGGGUCCCGGUUACCCUUGCUCAGAGGCCAGGAAAGCUGCUCACAAAAGAAAAGCAUCUCCCCUGGAACAUAGCGAUGGAAGCUUUCCGCAGGAAGUAGCCCCGGCUCAGAAACAGAAGCCCUCUCAAGAAGGUUUAGGUUGGUGCCUUUCUAGUAGUGAUGAUGAUGAUGAAGACGAUCUGAAAGAGCGAAGGGGGAAAGGAGGUGCAGCAGCUGGAGUCGGGCAGGAAGAGAGUUGUGCUCCUAAGGGGACCCUAUCAAACCAUAAACUUCCACCAAGCCACAAAACGACAGAGCCGUCUGACAGAGUACAAGAUGCUUGGGAUCUAUUAAAUGGACGAAACCCUUUCAGAUUCUUCCUGACUAAAGUCAAAGGAAUUAAGCCAAAGUACAAUUCUGGAUCCCUACACAUAAAAGGUAAGUAAUGGCAUGCUGGAAUGGGGAUAAAUGCAUACACAUUUUGGGUGUUAGCUUUUUCUAAGAGAUGGUAUAAAUGUUACUGCAGCUGGUAUAUCGAGGCAUUGCAGUGUAAUGUGUGAAACAAAUAUUGCAGUGGUCAGAAAACUAGCUUGGGUUCACACACAUGUACACCACUUGAUUUAUUUAUCUUUGCUGACUAGCAGUGGUUUCAAUUGAAAAUCAUAGCAUUUUAGGUGAUACUAAACAGCGGGUGGCGCUGUGGUCUAAACCACUGAGCCUAGGGAAAGCUGAUCAGAAGGUCGGCGGUUCGAAUCCCCGCGAUGGGGUGAGCUCCUGUUGCUCGGUCCCUGCUCCUGCCAACCUAGCAGUUCGAAAGCACAUCAAAGUGCAAGUAGAUAAAUAGGUACCGCUGUGGCAGGAAGGUACACGGCGUUUCCGUGCGCUGCUCUGGUUCGCCAAAAGUGGCUGAACCUGGAAGCUGUACACCGGCUCCCUCGGCCAAUAAAGCGAGAUGAGCGCCGCAACCCCAGAGUCUUCGGCGACUGGACCCUAAUGGUCAGGGGUCCCUUUACCUUUAAAGCUCUAGCAGGUGUUUUAAUUCAAUAAAGUCUCUGACCAAAGACUCCUGAAUACGCUUAGUAAUUUGGGGAUAAGAGGACAUGUCCUCUUAGGAAUCACUAACUGGUUAUAGAAGAGGAUGGAGAUAAUAAAUUGACAGUUCUCGUAAUGGAGGGAUCUGUGAAAUAGGAUCACUUGAGUAUUAGUAUUGGAAUCUCUGCUUUUAACUUUGUUGAUGGAUGCCCUGUAGCUGGGGGUGGUCCAGAGGUUGCCUGGUUUUCUGACAACACAACACCAAAUGGUUCAGAAUGGUAAGAAUAAAAAGGUAUGGUGAAAAGCUCUGAAAAGAAUCUCUUCAAAAUAUGUGCCCAGAGAUCAAAAUGACACUUAACACCCAGUAGGGUCUAAAUGACAAAUGUAAGUGGGGUGUAAAAUGGCAAAUCUAAGUGUCCGAUUGUAAGUGGGACAAAAAAUCCUAACUCCGCAUAAACACUUAGGGCCUGAACGCAUGGGAUAGUGGUAGAUAAUUUGAUGAAUAUGUUGACACAGUGUGCAGCUUGUUAAAGAACAAAUAGUAGUUUACACUUUUGUGAGGUAGGCUUGUUUUCAGUUACAUGUCUCAACCCUGAAUUUGACUUAUGGUUAAUGUUGUUAAAACAAAUUUGCUCAUGUUUAUUUCAGUAGAAAUGCUUAUUUACAAAACUUUAAAUUUUUAUGACAGAUAUUUUGUCUCCCCUCUUUGGGACUCUUGUAUCUUCUGCUCAGGUAACUUUAUACAUUCAUGUUGCUAUUUUAAAACACAAUGCAGUAUUACUUGUUCCCUUACCCAUAGGAUUUGCAGUGGCAUUUAAAGGAAUUUUCUGAAGAUGCACAUAACUUUUUGGUCAGCUUGUUUGCCCAUUUGGGGAAAAAAUCAAACCCCGUCUCAGGAAAUACCAUUAUUAUGUCCAACUAAAAUGUCAAAAAGCAUCAAGCAAGUUUUUCAGAGGAAAGGGUAUAGUGAACUUUAAAGCUUGCUGACUUUUGUGACAUUUUAACUGGUCCUAAUAAAGGUUUCGCCCCAUCAUAGCUUUCUGCUGAACAUGAUUUGUCUUAAUAUUUGGGAACAGGUUUCAAUUUUUAUUUUCCUCUUUGCACCUUUUUAUGCAUUUAGUUAGAUAAUUUUUUGCUGUGUUGGAUUGAUAAUUUUGCUAAUGCUGCAUAUGCCUUGAACAUAAAUGAGACAGCCUAUAUUCAUACAUUGUGUGGCAGAUGAAACCUAAUUAAUGUGCAGCAGUAAAAACCUUACUUAAGCAUGUCCUGCAUUUUAAAGGUGCUAGUUACAUGGGUAAGCAUUUUCUUGCUUAGUGUGUAUAAUGACUCCUAUAAUUAGGAAAUAAAAAUCUCUCUAAACCAACUGUCCCCCAAACUUGAGUCUCCACAAGUUGAGCUACAACAUCUGGGGAAUCCAAGGUCAGACGAGGCUGCUCUAAACUUUCAGUAAGUGUUACUAUGGGGAAAGGUAGCACACAGGUUCUAACUAUUCCUUCUUUUUCUCUUCAUGACAAAGUUUAACUAUUGUAUAGAUGUGGAGUGGCUUGUCAAACAGUAUCCAAAGGAAUUCAGGUAUGCUGCUUUGAGAGGAGCUCCCUCUUGUAGUGCUUUUCUUCUUCUUCACAUUACUGUAUUUAUUAAUUAAAUUUACAUACCGCCCUUCAUUCAAAGGUCUCAGGGCAGUUGACAAUAAUAAAUAAUAAUAAUAAAUUUUAUUUAUAUCCCGCCCUCCCCAGCCAAAGCCAGGCUCAGGGCGGCUAACAACAAACAAAUAAUCAAACAAUCAAAUAAUCAACAUUCUAAAACAUUUCAUUAUAAAAUUAAUUAAAAUCAAAUUAAUGGCAACCGUUAAGCAAAGUUCUGUGCAGGUUGCCGGAGGUGGGGUCAGGCUGGGCCCUGACCAAAGGCCUGGUGGAACAACUCUGUCUUGCAGGCCCUGCGGAAAGAUGUCAGGUCCCGCAGGGCCCUAGUCUCUUGUGACAGAGCGUUCCACCAGAUUGGAGCCGCAGCCGAGAAAGCCCUGGCUCUAGUUGAGGCCAGCCUAACCUCUCUGAGGCCUGGGACCUUCAGGAUGUUUUUAUUUGCAGACCGUAGGUUCCUCUGUGGGGCAUACCAGGAGAGGCGGUCCCGUAGGUACGAGGGUCCUAGGCCGUAUAGGGCUUUAAAGGUUAAAACCAGCACCAGCACAAGAUGAUGAACUUUUCUUAAAGUUCAAUUGAAUCGACAUAAAAAUGGUCUAGGUUACAUAUUUCUUGCGAGAUUAAAUUUGUUGUAAUGAUGUGAUGUUGGUUUUUAGAGAUUUCAUCUCCAUAAAUUUAUCAGUGAUGAGUAAUGGAAUCUCCAUGUUCAGAGGCAAUAUACCACUGAAUAUAAGUUGCUGGGGAAGAAUAGUGGGGUAUUGUCUUCAACUUUUUUGGACUGAAUCUGCAGGCCUUUAACAUUCUUAACUGCAGCAUUGUUUUAUGUCUGUAACAGUGCAAACUGGGCUGUCUUGCAACCAUGGUUUGCAUAUCUGUUUCAAACUUGUUGUGAGGGCCAUCCUGGUUCUAACCAUGGUUUACAGGGACACAAUGUGUUCCCCUGGUUAAAGUAUUUAUUUCAUAAAAUUUAUGUACCACUUGAUUCAAAGAAAACCUCAAAGAAGACGGUGAAAGUGAGUGGAGGAAGAUUCAUGAAGGAACCUGCAGGAAGGAGGGUGAGGGGGUCCACAUUACACUCCCAAUCAUUCAAUCACAUUGACUGACAUGGGAAAGGGAUGUAGCUCCAUGCUAGAGUAUUUGCUUUACAUGCAGAUGGUCCCAGAUUCAAUCCCUGACACCCCUUGUUGGGCGGGGAAUGUCCCUUGUCAGAAAACACUUUUUUGAAAAUCUUGAGAGGCAUUUCCAGUCGGAGUUGACAACACAUACUUCCAGCAUAAUUAAGCAGCUUAUAGCCAGUAGUUCAGCUGGAGGUUUGUGUGGUCCUUAUCACCAGUGAGUUGUCUAAUGAAGUUUCCUUUGCUCUAAGGGACAAACCUUUAUUAAUAAUCCAUGGGGAGAAGCGAGAAUCCAAGGCUGCACUACAUGAAGAGGCACAUCCUUAUAAAAAUGUUCGCUUAUGCCAGGUAAUUGUUUUUAUCUUGCUUGCAUAUUGACAAAAGAUAAAGUAUUCUCUUCCGUAGCCUUACCUCACCUGGUGCCCUCAAGGUGUUUUGAACUACAGCUUCUUUCAGUCCUAGUCAGCAUGACCAAAGGUCUGAGAUGAUGGGAGCUGCUGUCCUAAACAUCUGGAGGGCACCUGGUUGGGGGUGGCUGUUGAUCCUCAGUCCAUUAAUAGUUUUCUGUAAGAAGGACUAUAUUUAUGGCAAUCUUACUAACCGAUCGGGAAAUAUUUUUAUUUGAUCAGAGUUCUCCAUUUCCCUGUGGUCUCUCGUAUACCUCUCUUGAGUCUUCUAUAUGCAGCCUAAGAUACUUGAAGCUAUAAUAGAACAAUUGGCAAUAGAGAACAGCAUGCAAAAUCUGUAGAUUGACUUUUAGAAUUUGAAGAUGGCAUGUAUAGUAUUGGGUGAGACGGCUAUAGUGUAAUAUGUGUUGAGUCCACCAGGGAGCAGUAAGCCAAAGCAAAAUAGAAAACUGGUCCUAAAUCAUUAUAAGCAGUACUGUAUAAUGUUAAGAGUUUCUGCACUGGAAAAGACUUUUUAAAAAUUGCAUUUUUAUUUCAGGCAAAGUUGGAUAUUGCCUUUGGAACACACCACACGUAAGUAAUCUGUAUUAUACUGGGGAAAGCCAGUUAUGGUCCUAACUAAGGAACUAUUUCCUUAGAGAGGAAGAGGGAGGACAAAUGAUUUUAAAUAGAUAAACAAUAAUAAUUAAAUCUCAGCAUAAUAGGAAAAGUUCUGACUGUUUACAACUUGGGAUGUAUUUGUGCUCAAAGCAAGAGGAUGAUUGACUCAACUUAUUCUAGUGGCAGUCUCUCAUGCCUCAUGGAGUGCUGCUCCAGAGGGCCCCCACCCUUGGGGAAAUUGCCUCCAGCUGGAAGGGAAGAACUGAAAAGCCCAUGUGUAUUCACAGCACACAAUGUGUGGCCUUUAGAUUUGUUCAGGUAAUGAAAGAAGGUAAGCAAAAGUCUUGAAAAGGAAGUGCCCCAUUGCAAUUGCACCUUGAUUCUGUUAUGUACCUUAAAUCAGCCUUGCAAAUAGGUGCACAGAAGUUACUAGCUAGGGUUUUCAGCUUUAUAGUCUUUUCCUGAUCUUGUGCCUUUAACACACAGAACCUUACUACAGUGGUGCCUAGCAAGACGAAAUUAAUUCGUUCCGCAAAUUUUUUCGUCUAGCGAAUUUUUCGUCUUGCGAAGCACGAAAUCCCAUAGGAAUGCAUUGAAAAUCAAUUAAUGCGUUCCUAUGGUCAAAAAAAGUCCAAACAAAGCCAAAUUUGGUACAACAAGAGUUUAUUAAGUGCUCUUUAAAGUCACACAUACUGUAAAGAGCAUUUCAAAAUUCAAACCCAGAAUUUUUUUAAAAAACAGCAGAGUGGCCCAAUGGUCACAGAAAAUCAUAAAAAUGCAGAAAAAAACACACAAGCUUCCAGAUUCUUGCAAACCCUCCCCAACUGUUCCCCCAGCCACCCAGCACACAGAAAUUCAAAUCCAGAUUUUUUUCAAAAAAACAGCAGAGUGGCCCAAUGGUCACAGAAAAUCAUAAAAAUGCAGAAAAAAACACACAAGCUUCCAGAUUCUUGCAAACCCCUCCCCAACUGUUCCCCCAGCCACCCAGCACACAGAAAUUCAAAUCCAGAUUUUUUUAAAAAAAAACAGCAGCGUGGCCCAAUGGUCACAGAAAAUCAUAAAAAUGCAGAAAAAAACACACAAGCUUCCAGAUUCAUGCAAACCCCUCCCCAACACCAAGUCCUUGAAUUCCAAACACCCCAACCCAAAAUCCAAACCCCCCCAAAAAAGAUUUAAAAGCUUAACUUACCAAAUGGCUGCAAAAGAAGUUUUGGAAAAGCUUCAAAAAUCACCAAAGUCUUUAAAAACCUCAAAAAAGGCUACUAUGUACACUGCGUUCUGUGAGUUGCUCCUCGAAGUCAAGUCGCAACUGUAUUAACGUGUUAAGAAAAAGGAAACAAACUUGCAAGAUGUUUUCGUCUUGCGAAGCAAGCCCAUAGGGAAAUUCGUCUUGCGAAGCAGCUCAAAAAAUGGAAAACCCUUUCGUCUUGCGAGGCAUUCGUCUUGCGGGGCACCACUGUAGCAGGUGAAGCUUUCUAUAUGGGGGGCGGGAUAAAGGGUUGGGGAAAUAUUCACCUGCUUCAUUUCUGCAUAUCAGUGAGGUAAGGGAGGGGACCAUUAACCAUAUUGCUAGCCCACAGCUGUCACUGCCUAACAACUCCUCUGGCUGCCUGUUACAAUUAAGUGGCUUAUUUAAAAGCCUGUGCAUUGUCUAUAUAGCCUUUUGUGUUAAAUUGUGUUUUCUGCGUGCAGCAGAAUAAUAGCACAAAGAGUGGUCCUGAUCCUUCUAACACGGAUAUGCUGCUAAGAAGCGGCCUACGUGUUGCCGUGUGGAUGUUGCCACAAAUUCUGGUUGCAAAUUCUCCCCCCCUUCCUUGCCAUGACAUCUAGGAACACUUGCCCCGUGAGGCAGUAACAUGAAUACAUGACUUUCCCUACCCUUAGGCUACAUUAUUGGCUGUUCCCUGAGAGGGGGGGACUCACAACAUGAUUACAGUGGUACCUCGGGUUACAUAUGCUUCAGGUUACAUACGCUUCAGGUUACAGACUCCGCUAACCCAGAAAUGGUACCUCUAGUUAAGAACUUUGCUUCAGGAUGAGAACAGAAAUCGUGCUACGGCGUUACGGUGGCAGCAGGAGGCCCCAUUAGCUAAAGUGGUGCUUCAGGUUAAGAACAGUUUCAGGUUAAGAACAGUUUCAGGUUAAAAACGGACCUCUGGAACGAAUUAAGUACUUAACCUGAGGUACCACUGUAUAUACUUGCAUUGCUGCACAAUUGGAAAACUAAAACAGUUUUACCACAGCAUAUCAAUUUCAUAAAAUAAAAAAUUGUGUUAUUCAACCCACCCAUCCUUUCAAACCAGGUAAAACACCAGCACCCAAAAAACCCCCAAUAAAAUGCACACCAAAGUAGCACCCACCAGAAAGAGGCAACCCACCCAUGAGUGCCUUUAAUAGCAUCCUCACUUUGUUCAGAAGUAGUAUUUCAAUAGUCUUUCAGACCUUAAUUGUUUGCUGUGCACUAUAGCACACAGUUUGUUCAAUUUAUGAGUAAGCUUGUUGUUUUUCAACUUCAUGUGUUCAUAUCAUUAGCAAUGCUAUUAUGUGUGGUCUUGGAAUGAGUCAGCAUUAUGAGCUAGGCAUAUUUUUUUGCCAUUUUCCUUCCCAAGUACCAGUUUCUAAGGCAACCUGGCUCUUUGAGAGGAAUAAGCCAAGGCAACACAUGGCAUGCUUUCUGUUUAGCAUUCUACUAUAAUUUACUUAAUGAAGUUUUUGAAACAAAGGACACAGAAAAUAUGCUAGUUACACCAACAGGAACCUAAUUAACAAUAUUUCCUUUUUAAAUAAUAAAAGACAAUGUGAGUAGAUUUUUUGAGAAGGAUAGGUAAUUGGCUUUUUAAUAUAAAAUUUGGGUUGGGAAGGCCUUGUGACUAUUGUCCUACUGAGCAAAAAAAGAUAGUCAGUGCUUUUUAGUAAGGGUGGCUGCCAAGAAUAUAUCCCUCUAUUAAAAGCCUGCUGCAACCAAACACUCUUUCAUGGCGGUUAAUCAGGUUAUCAUUGGCUAGUAGUCAUGAUGACUCCAGGUUAAGGCACAGCAUGCUUCUGAAUGCUAGUUGUUGGGCGGGGACAUCAAUGGGAGAGAACUGUUGUCCUGCUUGUAGACACCUUGCUGGUAUCUGGUUGGUCAUUGGAAUACAGAGUGCCUUCCUAGUUUGGCAUUUUUAUUCUUUAACGUGGAAGUGCUGGGUGCUGUUGUCUCCUCAGCAGUCACAAGGGCCAGAAAAGUUUCAAAAAUAAAAUACAUGUGUGACGUUUGCCCUCCUAGGUGUGUGACAUCAUACUGGGUUCAUAAGGAAAGGGUUAACUAAUUGUAAAGUGACUAACCUAUGGAACCCAAGGGGAGGAAUUAGAGUUAGAGUUGUUAAGAAGUCAGUCUGGAGUCAGAGAAGAGAGAGGGAGGAUAAGUGUGGGUUGGGCUAGUCUGAUGUGAGAGAGUGAGAGAAUCUGUUAAGAGGAGUCAGUGAAACAGGUGAGAUAAUCAGUCAGAAGGUAUUAGGAAGGUAUAGGCCGGUAAAGAAACUAAGGUUAAGAAACUGACAAGAAAAUUAUCUGAGAAACUAUAAACUUGUUAAUGCUUAUAAAAUAAACUUGUUUAUUUGGUUUAAUUUUAACAGCUGUCUGGACUCAGUGUGUACCCGAGAGUAACGGGUUGGUGGCAGCGGGGAAGCGAGCACAGUGGUGGCACAGGGAUCAAUAGACUGUCAAACGUCCGGGGACCCUGUGUGAUCGCUACACCACUUCUACUAUUCCGGUCAUCUAGUCUAUUUGUUUUCAGGGAAUGGAUAGCUGUCUGUCUGUCUGUUCAAGAGAUGUUACAGCUGAUACAUGAACAGCUGCUGGUAUAAAUUACUUCAUUGUCGGAUUUAGGGUGGUGCAGGUGGUUCCCCAGCACAGGGAGCCGAGCUGAGGGAUCACUAAAUAGUGCACUUAAGAGCAUACGCAGAAUGGAAGGCAAGGGCACUUUUAACAAACUCUGUUCCAAAAGGAAUCGUUGUGUAAAAAAUAAAAGGGGGGAGGGUAAAUUUUGUCCUCUCUUAGGCACCAUAUUAUGAAAGUCCGCCCCUGACUUCAUCCUAGCGAUGUGGCCUUGGCACCUACAAUAAAAACUGUAUUUGUUAGUAACCACAUGUUAUGAAUGUGCACCUUAGGAUACCGUGCAGUUUCACCCAAAACAUGAUGUAUAUCCCCUUCCUAGACAGAUAACCCACCCACUAGCUGUGCCUUGCUUUUAUUGUUUGAUCUUGUCUAAUUCAGUGCUCACUCUCUAAAUGCCUGUUCAGAACUCCCUCCUCUUUGCCAGACUCUAAUGGAAAGAAUUAGACACCCUGAAUGCGCUGAAGUUGCAUUUGCGCGUUUGAGCCCUCUUUCAUUUUUGCUGUAUUUGGUGCUCCCUUCCCGUAAUACUUAUAACACUUUUGUAUAGGAAAAUGAUGUUGUUACAUUACGAAGAAGGGCUUCGCGUGGUGAUACAUACAUCCAACCUUAUUGAUGAUGAUUGGUACCAGAAAACACAAGGGUAAGAAAGUUAUUAUAAUAUAAUAAUAAUUUAUUAUUUGUCCCCCACCCAACUGGCUGGGUUUCCCCAGCCACUCUGGGCCGCUUCCAACAGAGAUUAAAAAUACAUUAAAACAUCAGUCCUUAAAAACUUCCCUAAAGGACUCUUGACUUCCAUAGCAAAUGUUAGAAUAUAUUAUUAUUUAUUAGCUUUAUCUACCACCCUUCAUUGUGAGAUCUCAUGGCAGCUCACAGAAUAAAACAGCAUGUUGUAUGACUGUCAUUUGUAUCGUUGGGUUUUUGAAAACCUUGUAUAUUGCAUGUGUUUAAUGUAUAUACGACCAGGAUUCUCAGAGGUUAUGCACAACCACUCACUGUUUAGAAAGGCAUUUAAUAUUGUGGUUUAUGGCUACAUGACAUAUGUUAUUUCCUCUUUAAUGGUCUCUGGGCUGCCUUAUUUCCCAGAGGAUCCAUUGUUGGCUUGCCUCAAAUGCCUUCCGUUAUAAAACCCAGUAGCAAACUUCCAGUCCAGACAGUGGUACAGCUAAUAAGCCCCAUUCCUUAUCCAAUGUAGAAUAUAAAAUAAGACAAUAAAGUUACACAGGAUGAAGUAUUUCAAAAUAAUGAAUUGUAGAUUUAUUAUUACCUUAUCUGCAUUUUGGCCGUAGAUGGUAUGAUGUCCAAAACAAUAAGUAUGAUUGAUUACUGCAUGAUUUUUAAAGUAGAGGUCUUCUUCCAUAACCCUACCAGCAAAAUUCCAGGAAUGUAUUCCACCACUGAAUAAUGUCAGUAGUCACUGGGUACCACUUCACUCUGUUCUUUGGUAUGCCUCAAGAAGAUUGUUCUAAUGAAUUCUAUCUACAGUGAAUUUUAAGAUUUCAACUAUUACAGGGAAUUGUCAGUCUUGGACUGUUUCAUAUUUAUAAAUAUAAAUAGAGGACUCCUAGUUAGUUUAUUGCUCUAAUAACUUAAGUUCACCUUGAGACGAUAGUUGCUUGGGUCAGGCUGCUCAGAAGUCAUAAAAUGCAGUCUUUACUUUUUACGGAGAAUAUGAUCCAGGUAAGUUUAAUAUUUACAAAACAUACUUUUCCCCCCUACUGUAUUUUUAGCAGGUGGGUAGUAAAGUGAGAUUUGAUUCUAAGUCAAAUUUCUAGUUUCUUUCCUGAUACAGAAAUUAUACCGAUAUUAUUGUGAGAAACAAAGAAAAUGUGUCAGUGACAUUGUGGAUAGACUUAAGUGAUACAAGAGCUCUUUUGUUUGUUUGUUGGCAAUAGACAAUGCAGCUCAUAUUGAAAAAUUGUCUACAUAGCUAGGGAAGGUCCUGUCUCCUCAGUUGAACUAUAAUAUAAUAACUAUUGUUAUUGGAGGUAAAAGUAGCAUAUUGCAAAAAUCUACCACAUAAUGUUUCGCCUAUUGCUACUUGCCUUUUUGUAUCUGCUUCUAGGAUAUUCAAACAAAGGACAUAUUUAGGCAGUUUUCAAAGCUGGCUAAAUUGCUCAGCUGUCCGGAGGAGAUUUAGGGAGCAUUGGGAAAGAGAGGAGUAGGAAGUCUGGUUGCACGAAUGAACAGCAUUCCGUGCAUGCAACAACUUAGCUGAAUCUCGCUUCAAGAUUUGAAACAUUUUCCAGAUAAUUAAGCUUGGAUAUUUCCUUUAAAUAAGGGCAGAAUAAACCUGUUCCGUGAGCUUUACUUUUGAAAGAUGACGCACCACAAUUGUAAAAAAGAAAGAAAAGAAUGGAAACCUUUAUUCUUUGAAUUUGAUAGAAAUUAACUCUGCUCCAUGAAAGCAUUUUCUAUAACACGUUAGGGCAAGAUCCAGCAUUAGUUGGCCAUCACACUGAGUCUUUAACAAAACUGUUUGUUGUUCUAAAUGCAAUAUAAUCAUUUGGUGAUACAUCAGCCAUUCUUUUACUUCUGUCUUCCAGAAUAUGGCUAAGCCCUCUGUAUCCAAAACUGCCACUUGGAGCUGCUGAGUCUGCUGGUGAAUCUCGUACCAAUUUUAAGUGUGACCUAAUAAGCUAUUUGAGGUCUUAUGGUUCUCCUACUCUCAAUGAAUGGGUUGAAAUAAUCAAGCAGCAUGAUCUUUCAGAGACAAGGUGCAUAAUCUGAGAGGGGUUACUUUUACAACGAAUUGCACUGAAUUCUUAUUCCUGGCUUGCUUUUCUUUUUUUUAGCAUGUUGAGAAGGAUAGAGGGAAGGGGUGCAAUGAGAAUGGAGCAGUGAUAAAAUUAAGGUUCUAACUGAAAGCUGGUUGCAUUUUUAAAAAAUCAUUUUCUCUUUGCAUGUUGGAACAAUUUAACUAGGCAGUAGCAUCUUUGAGAAGACUUAAUGCCUGAUAAUAGUGCAAUUUGGAAAAGCACUGUAACCGUUACCAUAAUUCGGCAUGCUUUCAUUUGUGUCUACAUCUUUUGUGUAGAGUAUAUCUUCUUGGGUCAACUCCAGGUCGAUACCAAGGCAGUGAAAAAGAGAAAUGGGGUCAUCUCAGACUUAGAAAGGUACUGGAUUUUUAUUCCUAUCCCUCUAAGGAUGUAUUGUUGAAGCUCUUCUUUUUCAAGGCUUGCCUCCAGUAGUUCUUUGUUGGCAGCGGAAACUGACAAGGAGAGAAAGGUGCAUCUUCAGUUGGUGACUCAGGGUAGUAGCAUGUCUCUAGCUUGCUACACAAAUGUAAAUGGAAUAUUGAUAAAAUACUGUGUGUUAGUGUUACUCUUCCAUUGCGGAGAGUUAGAGCACAGCAACAGGAAGCCGCCUUCUGUGCUGAACACUGAGGGAAUUGUGCAGUUUGAGAAACUAUCUUGAUAACUGGGCUAUUUGGUGGUACGCAUAAUAUAAGGUAGUGACAGGUUACAUUUAGCAAAAAGAAUUGCAGAGAAGACCAGAGAAGUGUGUGGCCAGAGAAGACCAUACCUCCUGAUAUAGCAUAGAGAUGAGAAUCUUUAGCUUUCUGGGUACAAUAGAGACAUUGACCAUAGUGAGGUAUUGAGGCAUAAGCUUUUGUGAGUUGGAAUGUUCUUGGUCCUAUGUUCCAUUGGUUUCUGAAUUGUCAUUGGUGUUCUUAUAUCACCCCCCCCCAAAAAAAAAAUAUUUUGGGUCUGUGUAAAAUGGCAGAAGAGGGCACUGUUGGUAGGUGGUGGCACAAAUCAUAUUGGAGAAAUUGGGAGCAGAUUACACUCUUAACUAGAUCCUGUGGGUUCAUAAAACUAGGUGUCUUUUCCCCGCUUAUCCCAGUUUGUCCCCAAGUAUAUGUAGGAGGAGACUGAGAGGAGAUACGAUAGCCAUCUUCAAAUAUCUGAAGGCCUGUCACGUGGAAGAUGGAGAAAGUUUGUUUUCUCCUGCUCCAGAAGGGAGGACUCAAACUAGUGGUUUAAAGUUACAAGAAAGGAGAUUCCGACUAAACAUCAGGAAGAACUUUCUGACAGUAAGAUAUGUUCAGCAGUGGUCUCCCUCAGGAGGUUGUAGAUGCUCCUUCAUUGGAGGUUUUAAAGCAGAGGAUGGAUGGUUUAGUUGAGAUUUCUGCAUUGCAAGGGGUUGAACUAGAUGAUCCUUGAGGUCCUUUCCAACUCUGCAGUUCUAUGGUUCUUUGUACCUACCAGCUUACCAGUCCAUGCAAUUGUGAGACUAAUUCAUGGAGGCUUAUGCCAGGAGGCUCUUAAUCUCAGGGUCGUGGGUUUGAGCCCCACAUUGGGCAAAAGAUUCCUGCAUUGCAGAGGGUUGGACUAGAUGACCCUUGCAGUCCCUUCCAACUUUGAUUCUGUGAUUCCGUAAGGUACCCAAGGAUUUGGCCAUUUUUGCUGUUAACAUAAUGACAUGACUUUCCUACUGUUUUUAAACAAUGAGGGAACUCUGUCAUGGUAUUUUUUAGGGAGAAACUAAGCAUUCAGCACAGAUACCUAUUAUGAAUCCAUUGGUGGUAAAGGAGGGUUGGAUGAGAUGCUGGCUGAGUAGCUAAUCAGAUUAAUGACGUCCUUCAUAAUAAGCAAUCCCUUUGUCAUACUUCAGGUAAUCAAGUGACUUUGUUCAGUACAACUUGAAUUGCCAAAGGUAGUGAUGUUUUGUUCUUGUAUUCAAUUUCUCCCCAACAGCUUUUGAAAGAGCAUGCAACCCAGCUACCUGAUCAGCAUUCUUGGCCUGUAAUAGGACAGUUCUCGAGCAUUGGAUCUUUGGGAGCUGAUCAGUCCAAAUGGCUGUGUUCAGAAUUUAGAGACAGUUUGAUCUCUCUAGGAAACAACACAAAGACACUGACAAAUCAUGAUGUUCCUGUUCACCUGGUAUUGCUUGCUUAUUACUUACUGCUUUUUUAAACUAAAUAAAUAAAUAAACCCACGCAUUUUCCUUCAAAACUUCACCUAGCGGGUAAUCUUCCAAAUCCUUUUGAAGUUCUUAGAGUUGAAUGCAGCAAAAGACAAAUGUUUAAGCCUCAUUGAACUCGAUAGACUUUGUGCAUUUAAUAAUUCUCCUGAGUUAAUGUAUAACACCGUACUCGUCUUGUAUGCAAAAACUCACUACUCACUUUAAAAAAAAAAAAGAUUCUGAAUUCUGAGUCUUACUUAUUUCUGCAGAUCUUUUUCCAAGUAGGGCUGUGGCUUAAGCUGUUUGCUACCAUGUCACUUGGCACGAAUGGCUUGAGCUUAAUUGUGCUUCAGUAGAGUAUAGCUGUCAACUGAGCUACAAUUUAUUAUAGCUAACUAGUUAUUACAAUUUGUUACUCUAGGUUUACCCAUCAGUGGACAACGUGAGACAGAGUUUAGAAGGUUAUCCAGGUAAAAACAUAUGCCUUUGGGUGCAGUGUAGAAAGGUGGUAUUAUAAAGUUGGGGGAAACAACAGAAGGAGUUUCUAGAAGUUUCAUGGUAUUUUAAAACUUCUUUUAAAAAACAUUUUUCUCUAUUCAUUCUUUCAACCCUCAUAAUGGCUCCUGAGGCAGAUGACCCUCGAAAGUUAAUUAUGUAAUAAAAUAUAAAGAGCCUAAGAAUAUAAGAAUAUAGGAUCAACACAUUAUGAAAAAGACUGAGUGGGAGGUGAGAAUCAACACAGACCAAACGCCCAUCAGAAUAAAACCGUCGGCCUUGAUAUUUUCAUAACUAAAUACAUUUAUCAAACAUGAAAGACAUAUUGCAUAGUUAAUUUAUGCUCUACUAAUGUGAACUAGCAAGUUAUUGCUGGCAUUUUCCGUGUCACUUCCAAUUGACUCUUCCACCUUGAUGUUUAUUUUAUGUACUGCAGGUUCCAUAUCACAUAAUUGAAAAUCUGCAUAUAGAGUAUUCUUUAAAGAGGCUGGGGUGUAAUUUGCUUUUAAAAAUCCUACUAAAUCUGUUUUUUUGUGCAUGUAUAUGGAAAAUUUGUGAAUAAUUCAUUAUUCUAUUGUGAGAAACCAUUUCAAUGCCACACUUAACUAUGAGUAAUGGGUCUUUUCUUUCUCUCUAAGCUGGUGGUUCUCUUCCAUACAGUAUACAAACAGCACAGAAACAGCUUUGGCUGCACUCUUACUUCCAGUAAGUAAAAUUAUCUCCUUGUGAUUUAAUGACAUUUUGGGUUUGUUUGUUUUUUAAAAGCUCCGUUACAUUUGCAGGAGAAAUAGGCAUACAAACUAGCAAAUCAGAGAACCCUUGGAAAGUUCAUUUUUAAAACUCAUUGGAUUGUGAUGUACAUUCCUAUAUAAUCUUUAAGCUUUCUCAGAAACUGAGGUGGCCUGAUCCAACCAAUGUUAUUUUAUGUCUGGAUUGCAAAAAAAGAAGAACAUCAGUAGACAGUGAUGAGCAGCAACAAUGUGCUCUUCUUUCUUUUAAUUUUUUGUAAACAUACAUUCCUUGGUUUAAGUCAAGUGUAAUUUGAAUCCCGUGAAUCUGUACAUUGAAGGGUAAAAGGUUUAGUUAAUUGUGACUGGAAUCUAAACGCAUUGUGCCCAUUGACAAUUCUUGCAUGUGAGAGUGCUGGUGGGGUGCUUAGCAAUGAGGCUAAACCUGCACAGUUGAUCAUUAUCCGGUCAUAUGCUCUAGGAAUGGUUGCAGAAUGCUGCUUUGCACAAUACAAAUAAUAAGGGCAUAAACCAUGUUUGAAGACUUUUCCUGUGUAUACUGAAAAUAGAUGUGGAUAGCCACUUCAAACUUUGUACAUGGGGAUUGGCCUUUAUUUGAAGCUUGGCAGAAACGCUUGGGAAUGAUGUGAAUUUGGAAACAUCUUAAUUAAGGUUUAACCUAAAACUUCCUUUUUCAUUUUUUAAAACUUGAGCAAGUGGUCAGCAGAGACGUCAGGUCGUAGCCACGCAAUGCCGCACAUUAAGACUUACAUGAGAUCAUCUCCAGACUUCCAGAAGAUUGCAUGGUUUCUAGUUACAAGGCAAGUCUUCUGACUUCUUUUGUAUUUCCUCCGGAACAGCUGCUUUGAUUAUCAUUUGGCCCCUCUGUCCUCUUUUAAGUAAAACAGGUAGCAAUUUUGGUGUUUUUCUUUCUUUCUUGUGAGUCUCAGAAAUGGGCGGUCCCUCUUUCAUUGAGUUUUUCUCUCUCUAGUGCCAAUCUUUCUAAGGCUGCCUGGGGAGUGUUUGAGAAAAAUGGCACGCAGAUGAUGAUCCGAUCAUAUGAGCUAGGAGUCCUCUUCCUGCCAUCAGAAUUUGUGAGUUUAUCUAAUUCCAUAUAAUGGUUCAUUUAGUGAAUGCAAUCAAGUCUUUUUAUGUAUUCAUAAAUACAUAAAGACCAUUAUGACAUCAGUCCAUAAGGCAAUGUGCAUCUGUAUCACAGUUCCAAAAAGUUGUGAAACUGCCCUUUUGAGGUCUUGCACAGUUUGGAACAAGACAUUUGCAAAGCUAAUAAAAUGUCUGUUUCUGUAGUUUGGGUGAGCUAUUUAACAUCUAGCCAAGUUCUAAAUGAAUGGACCUAAGUUACGCAGGCCAUUUAAUUUCAGUUUGUCUACUCCCAGUAUGACUAACGCUGGAUACAGGACUAUAUGUUGUAGCUGCUAACCAGGGAAGAAGGAAAUGUAAGCAGAAUAUAUGUUUGCAAGCCUCAUGGAUAUUUUCUAAUGAAAGGAAGUGAAGUGAUGGAUUGAAUGUAACAUCACUUCUCUCUGUGUGUGCACUUUUCACAGGGCUUGGAUUCAGGCUACUUCCAAGUGAAGGAAAACAUGUUUUCUGAUGAGCCAGUGUUAUCGUUUCCUGUACCUUAUGAUCUGCCCCCAGAGAAGUAUGAAAGCAAAGGUAAGGUGUCCUCAUCAAAUGUAGGAAAAAAGGACAAGUACCACACUUGAGCAAAAUAUCUUUUUAUUCUUUGGCACUUGGCGGGGAAAAAACUAUAAUCAUUGAUGGGAGCUAAGGGAGAUGAUAUCUAGAAAGUGAGACUAACCCAAAAGAGACCAAUGGAAGUAAUUUUUAAAGUACCGGAAUUGUCUUGCUCUUUAACUCCACUCAUCAAAAGGACUAGAUCCUCCACAUAAGACUAGCUGUGGCAACUAGUGCUUCAGGUCGGGGGAUGAGACUUUAACAGCCAAACUUUGGAAAUCCUGCUUGGCUCAAAAACCCUCAGGUAGGUCAUUAUGGAUCUGCCCAAGUGUUGUUACAAUGAUGGGCUGAGCUUGGAAGAAGAAUGGGACACAAGUAGCCAAUCUUUGAUAGGCUGGUCCUAUGAUUCCGUUUGUGCAAGGUAGCUUAAGGGCCAAAAUCUGGCUUUCAAAAAUGUAUGCCCUUCCCCUCCCUUGCAUACCUGUGUGGGUGCCUUACAAAUUCAUUUACAAGAAUGUGACAUUGGGCUUCCAGGUGGGUGUUUGUCUCUGAUGUAUCUAUGAGGGGUCUUAAAGGUAAAGGGACCCCUGACCGUUAGGUCCAGUCGCAAACGACUCUGGGAUUGCGAGCGCUCAUCUCACUUGAUUGGCUGAGGGAGCCGGUGUACAGCUUCUGGGCCAGCAUGACUGAGCCACUUCGGGCGAACCAGAGCAACACACAGAAACACCGUUUACCUUCCCGCCGGAGUAGCACCUAUUUAUCUACUUGUACUUUGACAUGCUUUCGAACUGCUGGGUUGGCAGGAGCAGGGACCGAGCAAUGGGAGCUCACCCCGUUACAGGGAUUCGAACCACCGACCUUCUGAUCAGCAAGCCCUAGGCUCUGUGGUUUAGACCACAGCGCCACCCGUGUCCUUAAGGAGUCUUAAGAAAGCAUAAUACUUUCGUCCUUUCUGUAUUUGUUUGCCUUGGCUUUCUGUUUGUACAAAAUGUUACCUUUCCACUACGUGCCCUUCCAUCAUGUUAUCUUAUCAAAAAAUCCCACGUGUGUCACCCGAGGUCUCUGGAAUUGUGAAGGGAGAGAGUGCUGUUAGCAAGCUGUAUUUCCUUGUUUGGACUUCUAUUUUCCUGAUGGUGAUAUGAUUAGCUGCAGCAUCGAUAGGGUUCUUUUCCUCCCAUCAUGAUGUGGUGUGGCUGGGAUCUUCACUGGCUCUAGAGUGCUUUCAUUUAUGCCUCCUCUUAUUCGGGUGUAACAUUUUGCUGGGACUAGUCCCAAGUGAGCAUAGCAUUUCAACCUCUUCCUGCUUCUUGCUCAGUUCUGCCUAGCUUCUGCCCUUUUUCUAGCAAAUCCUGCUGUACAGAGACAAAUAAGACUUCUAUACCUCCUGAUAUGCGAUCCUGAUAUGCUGCUGUGUUGGAAUGUUGGUGGUUUUUUUGGCAAGUAUAACUUUGUGCUCCACCAGCACAAAGGGAGAAAAUGUGUGCAAGUCGAGGAAAGGAAUGUACUGAAAGUUUCAUUCGCUGUUGUCAGGCAGUUUACCUCUUUGGUCCACUGAUGCAGGCUGCCAACUUUGGUCCCAUUUAUUGAACAGUCUUGCUUAUGGAGAACUCUAGAUUCUUCAUUUACUGACUUUGAGAGGAGCUGACUAGCCUCCGUUUUCUUCUUGGCAGUGAAAAAUGUCGUAAAUCCACAGGUUCAGAAAUUGACCUGCUAUAUGACAUUGUCUCUCUUUAAAUCAUUGCAAAUUGCUGCACUUGCAGGAGACAUAAUUUCAUGGCUUUCUAUUAUGUGCAGUUUGAGAGGAGUGUUUUAUUCUGGCUGAUACAAUCAAAGGUUGCUUUGUUCAUUGUGCAGUAGAUUAAUAUACUUAAGAUGAAAUGCUAUGUCUGUUUUACAAAUGGGUAUCAUCACUUUGCGCAGAAGGAGCAAGAAAAUGUGAAGCAUUGUUGCUUUCCCUUCAUUUUGAAGCUGGGUUUUUAGCAUGUCUUUGUGUGCAUUAGAAUUCUGCCAGUGGGGUAGCUUUUCAAAGGUUGGUACAUAGAAUUGCAAAACCCCUGAGGGUCUCUGAGAGGAUUCUUUUCAAGGAAAGGCUUUGAAAUUGUCUUUUCCCUUCUUCUCCACCCUCCUCUGGUUUCCAGUAAGCAAAAUCUUGCACAGCUGCCAAAGGGCUGCAAGAUUUUAUCCAGUGAAGUAUCCCAGGAAACCUGAAGUGCUAAGUCCUAGCAGAGCACAAUGUUUUCAAUGUAAGGUGUUCCUGUUGACAGCCCUUUAGGAGACGUUGCGAAAGGUACCUAAGGAAUGCUGCCUACGUUAAGCUGACAACGCAGUUCUGCAACUCUAUCAGUCUACAUCCUGUGGAGAAGUAUUAUUGAAAGAAAUCGGACGGGACUUUAAGCUGUAAACUCAGCUCUGCAAAAUCUUCAUUGUUUUCUUGUUGUGGACCAGAGCUGUACAACUCAGGACUACCAUGAAAAAAGCAAGCAGGAGAUAUACCAGUAUGUGGGGUCUCCCUUUGGAAUGGUUAAAUAUAUGUCUGCAUACUUUGCUUCUUCCUCUGUGUCUUUUCCCUGCAUAUCUGCUACACCCUUUUGCUUCCUUUCCUGUGAAAGCAUAGGGCUUGAAGUGUGACACUGCUUUGUAAAACUCUAUGAAUAACUAGUGGGAAGUCUAAAAGUGUUAAAAACAGCAACACAACUUUGAGGAAAAGUAGACAGAAAUAAAGCCCUGCUAUAGACCUGUUAAACAGGCCUAGCUAAACACUAAUUUUUAUAAGGUGCCAUCUCACACUUGUUGUUAAGGCAGUAUAAAUAAAUGUUGAUGGAUUGUUUUAACAUUCUUCAAUUCAGUAACUUUGUCUAAAUCUUCAGAGAAAGUUGUAUUGGUCUUAUUUUAUUGUACAGUAGUACCUCGGGUUAAGUCUUAAUUCAUUCUGGAGGUCCGUUUUUAACCUGAAACUGUUCUUAACCUGAAGCACCACUUUAGCUAAUGGGGCCUCCUGCUGCUGCUGCGCCGCCGAAGCACGAUUUCUGUUCUCAUCCUGAAGCAAAGUUCUUAACCCGAGGUACUAUUUCUGGGUUAGCGGAGUCUGUAACCUGAAGCAUAUGUAAUCUGAAGCGUAUGUAACCCGAGGUACCACUAUAUGUUAAAAUAAGGCCAUUUUUCAUUAGCAAAUGAGAAGACCAUAGAAGGCUAUAGUUUGUACCGUAACUAGAAUGAAUGCAGUUUUCUAGCGCUGUUCUGCUGAACAUAAUGUACUGCUGCUGUAUGUACUACUGUGUGAGGUUUCCAAAUUGCUUUGUCGUUAUUAUUUUUUGCAGCACACAUUGCCUAUUGUUACACAGUGUAUCCAAUGUAUUAAUUGUUAGCAAUGACCUUGGCAUCACUCAGAAACUGUAACGGCUUGUAUUGGACAGCCCUUUUGAUAGUCUGUAAUCAACCUCUGAAGCUUCGCCAGAGGAAGAAUCUUUGUUGCAAACAAACUCCAACACCCUGCACAGUACAUAGGCUUUGAGGAAGGCCUGCAAUGGGGACCUUGAUGGUUAUUUAGAUGACACACUCCUUCGGCUUUUGCUUGGUCAUCUUUGUUUUUUAAACAUUGGGCCUCUGUUUGAUUUCACCGAUUUGUCUCUCUCCCUGCCUCGUAGUGGCUCUGUAGAAGACAAGUAGAAAUACGGCAGGAAUCCUUGGUUAGCAAAGCUGCACACACUUAAAUAGAUUCUAUAAAGAUUCUGCAUUAUUGGGCGUUUUAUUUUGGGUUUCUCCAGUCUGCGUAUUGUGCCAGCUACCAAAAUGACAUGCAGACUGCUGAGAGAAUGGGAACUGCAAAAUUGCACCGGAAUAGAAGGGAAAGUGCCAUAGCUGCAAAUACACUGUAGAGACCUGUUUCCUUCUAGCUCAGCCACCUAAGAAAAACCUGCUGGAUCAAGCCAAUGGCCAGUCUAGUCCAGCAUCCUGUUCUCACAGUGGCCAACUGGAUGCCCGUGGGAAACCUGCAAGCAGGACCCGGGCACAAGAGGACAACUGGUAGUCAGAACCAUUUGCUGUCUCCAACUGUGGAGGCAGAGCAUAGCCAUAAUGUAGCCGUAGAUAGGUUUAUCCUCCAUGAAUUUGUUUAAUCCCAUUUUAAAGCCACCCAAGUUGGUGUCAACCAUUGCCUCCUGUGGGAGAGAGUUCCAUAGUCCAACUAUGCAACUGUGUAAAGACGUAGUCUCUUUUGUCAGUCCUGAUUCUUUUAGCGUUCAGCUUCAUUGAAUGUCCACGAGUUGUAGCAUUACAGGAGAGGGAGAAAAGCAUUUCUCUGCCCACUUCCUCCCUGCCAUACAUAAUUUCAUAAACUCAUAUCAUGUCACCUUUUCGCUAAACUAGGAAGUCCCAAAUGCUGCAACUUUUCCUCAACCUUGAUCAUUUUGGUCCCCCUUUCUUCCCUUUUUACCUGGGUUUAUUAUUUAUCCCAUUUACUUUAUUGAUUUAUUUCCUACCUUUCAAGGUAACACAUUUCCGAGGAAACGUGCAACACGAAUAAAAACAAUAGUAUGGAGCAAUUAAAAGUACGUCUAUCGUCAGAAAGCUUUAAAAAUGUUAUGUAUAUGUGACAGCUUAGAGCACUAAGGAAGCCUGAUGGAACCAAAAAGUCUUGGCAGUACUUCCAAAGACAUCCCCUAUGUAAAAUUGAGAGUAAAUUGGUAAUUUUAUGUAGAAAUCCUAUUCAAUAAAAAUAAAAAAAAAUUCAAGGGAAUGAAUAGCAGUUGAAAUCAAAACAACACAAAAUCAGUAAAACCAGAGGAGAAAACUGCAAAACAAUUAUAUGAGCUACAAUAAAAGCCUGUCUAUACUCGCGUAUAAGCCAACCUAAAUAUAAGCCGAGGCACCUAAUUUUAGCACAAAAACUGGGAAAGCCUAUUGACUUGAGUAUAAUCCGGUUCACCACACCACAAACCUGGUGGUGGCAGCAGCAGCGGAGGAAGAACAAGCAGCCUGAAACGAAAAGGCUCCUUUUGGGCCGCUCGUCCCUCUGCUGCCGCCUCUGCCGCUCACAAGAGCAGGCAUAGGAGCCACAGUUGAGAGAGGUGCAGCGCCUCUCCCAGCCACGGCUCCUGUGCCUGCCCUUGUGAGAGGCGGGUGGCAGCGGCGGGACCAGCGGCGAGAAAGGGCUCCUUUCGGGCUGCUUGUCCCUCCACUUCCGCCACCUGCCUCACUCGAGUAUAAGCUGAGGGGGCCUUUUUCAGCAUAAAAAAUGUGCUGAAAUAGUCAGCUUAUACUCAAUUAUAUACGGUAGACAUAUUUUUAAUAUAGUGUUGGUUAUAAGUCCCUGCCCUUCUGUGAAGCCCUCUGAGUUAACCAACUUUACAGGAUUAUUGCGAGGAAGGGUUGGGUGCAAAUUUAUUUUUUAAAAUCAUAGUUGAGAAAUCUGUGCAUUUGUGGAAAUUUCAGGUAAUAAUCUUGUUGCUGUUACAUCAAUCAAAUUGUACCCUGGUAUUCCUUCUGCUGUAAUGUGUCAUGCAGUUCUGACCUUUCUUUACAAAUGAAAUAAUGUUCUCUGUACCUGGUUUUACAAAACUAUCCCAACCCCUGAACUUCCCUGCUGCUCCUUUUGAAGUGUAGAAGUAUUCUUAGUGCAUUCCAAUUUCUCCCCAAGGCUGUAGGCUUUGUUUCAAGUAGGGUAUUAAUAGGGCUAUAAAAGUAUCCCCCAUUGUCUGAGUGCUGUAACAGUAAAUGAAUUUGGUAAGUAUUGCUUAGGUGUAUUGUGUCUUACAGCCCAUUAACCAUUCCUAGCAUCUAAGAUAAAGCUAAGCUGAAAAUGAAAUAUUGCAGAUUCUGACAAAGCAAAUUGGCAUAUACAUAUUCAAUAUAUUGAUUAAUGCUCCAGUUUGUGCCCUUGGCUAUGCGCCCCAACAUUAAACUUUGCUAUAAGAGGGUGAUGCUCCUUGGGAAGAACUUCUUGUGUGUUUUGUUGUGUGGUUAUAAAGAUCAAAGCUUAAUCAUACCUCAAAGAUUUCAUCACCAAACUUGACACAAGGCUUCUCAAAGUAAGGGCGGCAGAUUUCAUUUCGGUUUGGAUGAUGGGUGCCAUUCUGAAUCACGAUGAUGGACAAAAACUUCAUUUUGACAUGACUUUGUUUUUUGCCAUAGAUUGUGUCUCCUCUCGAGACAUCAACGCCAAACAUGGCAAAAGGGUUCGCAAGGUGGGAACAGUGGUCUUGUCUGGAUGCCAGGUGCCAUUUUGAAUCAAGAUGGCAGAUGAAAACUUGACCUUGGAUUGACUUCACCCAGAGUUUGGUGCGACAGGUUCAAACCCACAGAUUGGACUGUCCAUUUAAAAAACUCAAUAUUUUUUGGUUUCUAAAAAUAACUGGGCAGCACUGGGCACUCCCCACUAACGAAGCUAUAAAGGUCAAAGCUAAUCAUACCUCAAACAAGUUUCUGAGUAGCAAAACCUCAUUUCUAAAGGUUAAUAGCUGGUGAAAAAAUGAAAUGGCUGUGAAACAUCUAACUCCUAUCAAAAUCUGGGAAUGGAAGGUCUAAUUUAAUUUUCUCAGUUGGCUCAUCAUGUUUUGUAUCUGUGGUGUAAAUCUGUCCAUUUCUUCUUCCUUGCAGAUCGCCCAUGGAUUUGGAAUAUUCCCUACACCAAAGCGCCUGAUACACAUGGAAAUAUGUGGGUCCCUAAAUGAAUAGCCUUAAGUUCACCCUGAAACUUCAGCAUCGUUAAAUAUGAGCCGAUUCAUAUACCUGUGGGACUUGCUGGUUUUAAGAACAUUUACACAGGAUGUAAACUAACUUCUCUUUUUUAAAGAAGUACAUUUUUUAUAGAUUGAAAACAUUUUGAAUAAAAUAAUGGGCAUAUAGAUGAACAUUGCUAGAGCUUAUGAUAAUGCAGUGCUUUUAAAAUUGAAUUUAUAAACAUCAUUGCUGUUUUUUUGAAAUGACCAUGGCAGUUGGGUCAGACUAUCUUUGUACUGAGCCUGAAUAUUUUUAGCCCUGUUCCUUCUUUAUCCUGGAAACAGUGGCCCUGAUGAAGGAGAAAUUUGUGCAGAAUUGAAAUAAAGUGAAUAAAAGUUAUUGGUUUCUUCAGUCAUCGAAGUAUGAGCUUAGGCUUCUCCUUUUCUCCUGACACUGUCUUGUGCUCA